CUGUUUGUCAAUAAAGUUUGGUUUAAAAGCCGACUGAAAGUAUGGCGGAAUACGAUCUAACCACUAAAAUAUCUCAUUUUCUGGACCGACUCCUGGUUUCUCCUCUGCUGGAGUUCCUCUCCGUGAAGGAGAUCUACAACGAGACGGAGCUCCUGCAGGGAAAGCUGGACCUGCUCAGCGACACCAACAUGGUGGACUUCACCAGGGACGUGUAUAAAAACCUGCACCCGGACAAAGAGAUCCCCCACUGGUUAAUUACCAGAAGGCAGGGAUUGAGUUGCCAAAAGGCACGUGGGCAGCUCCCCAGAGUCUGGAGGGAGGAGUUCUGGUCAGAUGAGACUAAACACGCCCAUCCCCUCCAGAACCCCGUCCCCACAGUGGAACACGGUGGAGGCAGCAUCAUGCAGUUUGUGGAGUGCCUCUGCGUGAACCUUGACUUCCACAGCGCCCAGAAGAAGCUGAGGGAGCACGAGUCGAAACCAAACUGGGCGGCGCAGAACUCUGGGUUCUACUGAGACGGAACCGGCCCACAGGAAGAUCCAAACGGCCCGUGUUGAUGACAUCGAUGUUAUUUAUUAUGAUGAAUUUCCAGUUUGACGAGUCAUCCUGUAACUUCUGGCGCAGCUGAUGAAGACUUAAUUUAUUUUUAGACCAACAGAACCGUCUGGUUUUCAGACGCUGCUCUGACCUUAAAG